AUGACCAAAAGCACAAGACAGGCAGUUUUAGAGGAACUUGCAGCUGGGCUUCCAGAAGCUGCUGAUGAGUUUGACGUACUAUGGUAUCAAACACGUCCUGCCAAGGUACGACCCCUAGUUUAUCGGCGGCCGAAGCGUACUAAGGUUCAAGGAGGAGCAGCGACACCAGCAUACGCGCAAUAUUCUGCAAAAUCGGACCCAGACACAUCUUCGCGAGCACUUGUUGUUGUAAUAUACCAGGGGAUCAUAGUGUAUGCGAUUGAGAUGUUUUUGUAUGCGAUGCCUGGUGACAAAGGAAUGCAAACCUUGUUUGUGUCCAAGGCUGAUACCACUGGCCAUUAUGUGCUGACAAAACAAAAGAAUGAUACUCCUCGGGCCAAGCUAUCAUAUGCGAAACUCACGGAAGGCAUUAUAAGAGGUGUGCUGCGCAGCUUUGUGAAUCCAAAGGCGCCUGUCAGGGUGUGUUUGUUUGCGCGUGCAGAAAAACAUUAUCUGUUCCCGUACUCUGGAGAUGCGGCUGCUGUUAGUGCAGGACGCAAGCAUGUUGCGACAGGGAGCGAGUUAGUGCGGUGGUGGAUCCGUGUGCUUGAUAAUGUAUGUCGGGACAAGAAGGUUGUGGAGAGGGUUGGGCGAGCUCGGUUGCAGAUUCCUGGGGCAGAAGCCGCGCGGAUUCGUGGGGGGUAUUUACCCAAGAAGAAAGAAGAAGAAGAAGAAGAAGAAGAAGAACAAGAAAAGGAAAAGAAAGAAAGUAACAAGGUAGAUUGGCAGGUAGGAGAUGUAUUUUGGCCAGAUGGAGAAAGAAAUGUUGGAGCUAUUCGGUGCGUGCCGCGGUUCCCAGAUGACCCAUUGACACGGUAUGUGGACGAUUUGGUGACUGUAGGUAGGUCGACACGGACAUCACAGCAGCUUUUUUGGGCAGAACUUGAGGCACGCCAGGAGUUUCGGUUAAGCAUUGUUGUUGGUGUGAUUGGUGUUGAGAUGCAGGUAUGUUCUGAGUCUAGUGUUUAUGAUAAUAACAAAGAUGGUGAGGAAGAAGAAAAAGAUCAAAUACCGGAAACUUCAAUGUGGGAGCUCAAUAGAGUUUAUGAGUAUAUUUCCACAUUAGAUUAUGCAGAAACUGAGAUGAAUGAGGCUGCAAGUAAGUACCUUUUGGAACAGACGGAAGAUAAGGGUUCAUCAGUAGGAGGCCAGCAUUUGGUGGUGAAGGGGACUUUGAAAGUCAAGGAAGAAAAGAAGGAAAAGAGUAAAGAUGGUGUGGAGAGUGGUAGUUUGAGUACUCCGACAGUUCUUGGAGGGAUGCUUGUUCGGAAGAAGAAGAAGAAGAAAGUGUAA